UCCCCCAGCCAUCCAUUCAUCCAUCCAUCUAUCUCCAGCCAUCAUGCGUCCUUGGUCAACUCCCCAUUCCACCCCUCCCUGUGUUGACCCCCUAGAGCAUGAGAUCCGCAAGUACGAGCUGCCGCAAAGCAAUACUCUACCGGCCAUUCAACACAUCCGCCAGCUCAACACCGCCAUCCAGCGACUGAUUCUCGACGUCAUGGGCGGCGACACCCCCAAUGGCGGCAAAGGAGGGCUGACGGGGUGGCUCAACCCUCUGGGCGGGCCUGGGGAGAGGUGGGGGGAGGGCAUGAGGGCGCUCUUCCGGCAGAUACGCAGCUGCCUCUUGCUGGGAUUCAGAAGGUACGGUGACAUGACAGGACAUGCAUCAAUCACGUUCUUCAGGCACGGUGCGGUGCACCAAGUAGGUCAUCGAUGUUUUGGUGUGUGGUUGUGUUGUGUUGUGUGCAGGUACCAGGACGUGAUAGACGAUGCGGUGUUCCUGCUGGUGGUGCCCGAGUACCUGGAGCACCUGGACGCCGACCUGCACCUGCUGAUCUUCCUGUGUGUCAACAAGCGCCUGGUGGCGUUCAUCAACGAGCUCUUCCACGACGAGGGACGGAUGCAGCACUUCUACGAGGUCAGUCAGCGGUUGCAGCACACACCGGACGGACCGAGGGGAUAGAUUGUGUGUGUGUGUGUGUGUGUGCAGUCGUGGGCUGUGUUGCGUGAUGAGGAGCUCUUCCUGUCCUUCACUUCGGCACUGAUGGGUCAGUGAGUGAGUGGGGUGGGUGCUCGCACGAUACUGUCUGUAUCUAAUCGCUUCCUUCAUCUGGGUGCCCUCCCGUGUGGUGUGCCUGUCAGCAUUGGAGACCCUCAACUUUGCCAGUCCGCCGGAGCUGUCGUCCAAGUUUGUCGCACUCGCCAUUAAGAAUAUCAAACUGGUCAGUGAGGGACACACACGCGCGGGACGGGACACGGUAUGUGUGUCGAUAGGUACGGGCCAUUUGAUGUAAUGUAAUGUGUAUGUGUAUGUGUGUGUGUGUGUGUAGCGUCCGUUGAAGGUCGACCUCAACCGCAUGAAGGCCCGAAACGGCAUUGAACCGCAGCCUGUAGAAGGUACGCUCUCAGCGCUUCGGUCUCUUAUGUGUGCAUGUGCCUGUCUGUGUCUGUGUCUGUGUGUGUCUGUGUGUGAUGUGAUGUGUGCUGUGCAGAUCGGAACAAGCCCAUCUCUGACUUCUUUCUCACCUGCGAGGCCUGCAAGCUGGGCCUCGGCCACGGACCCACAGGUUGGUUACCUACGUCUGGUCUGCCGGCUGGUCGAUAGAUACACUCACUCACUCACCGACCCACCUCCCCUUGCUUGUGCUUGGUUGUCUUGUCUUGUCUCUCAGCGCGUCCCUUCAGCUCGCCCCCUCCCCCUCCACCGCCCCAAGCAGUCGCUGCUGCUGCAGUCGCCAACGACAACAACAAUGCUGCUGCGCUGCAUCUGCAUCCCAUCGACGAGGAGGAGGAGGAGGAGGAUGAAUACGCCCGCAGCGCCGCCGACACGGACACGGACCUGUCGGCGGAGCGGCUCCUCACCGGUGAUGACGUCGAGGAGGAUGAGGAGGGCCCGUGCCCACGGCGGUCGGUGACCGAGCCGGCCAUCUCACAUGGUGGCCCCUCCGAUGGGGAGGGUGAGGGGUCUGAGGAGGAGGAGGAGGAGGAGGACGGCGUCGACGAGCCCGGCCGCAAGAGUGAGGGCGACAGUCCAUCGCCAUACACAGAAGAUGAUGGUGUUGAUCUGCCCGUCUCCCUCCUGGCACCCGGCGUGUCCGAGUUAUCACCCGACACACCCUCACUUGGCCACGAGCUGGGCAAGUAUGCUGCUCGAGAAGCCGAUGAGCCGCCCAUGCUGCCCGAGAGCGAUCCAGGCAUUAUCCCGCCAUCCCACGAAGCGCCGACAGGAGCGGGCGAGACCACCCACGAGGACACCGCAACUAACGACCAGGACAGCCCGCUGCUCCGUCUCGACGAUGAGACGCCAUGGGACGAGGGGGCCUCACUGACCUCACAGCACCAUCACGCUGCCAUCCAUCAGCCCCUCUUAGCAGCGGGCAGCGGCACCCACGACCUGCUGUCGAUGGACCAAGACGAACUCGCGGCCGUCUUCUCUUCCGCAGGCACGGCCGAGGCGCCUGUCCCACCGCCCACGGCGGCAGGGAGAGAGGAGCAGGAGCGGCCGAGCAGCAGCGAGGGCGAGAUCAUUGUCGAUCUGGAGAAUGAGGAGGGGGAGGGGGAAGGCGUGGAGACCCUGCUGGAGCUGACCGAUAGUAUCGCACCUCCAUCGCCAUCGCCAUCGCCGUCGACCCCUGAUGCGGCCCCGCUCCCCCCUCCCAAUCCCCAUUCCCCGCCCCCUGCCGCUCCCAAGAAUCCCCUGCAGGACCUCUUCGCCAAUGUCCACGGCGAGGGGGACGAGGGCGAGGCCGAGGAGUCGCCUGGUGACACGUCCUCCUUCUUCAGUGUGCUGCCGGCUCCAUCGCCGCCACUGGUGUCCCGCGACACCGAUGCGCGCCCGGGUGUCUGCCUGCCCCCACCCGGCGUGUCGCUGGCGAGCGCCCUGUCUGAGCGAGAGCGGUUCCUGGCCCUGACGCAGCACUACGGCGAGCAGCAGCGGUGCGACAGCCUCUCGCUGUCAGCCACGGGGGGCAGCAGCCACAGCCAUGAGAGGGACCUCCCUCCGUCCCCCAGUGGCAGCAGCAUCAGCAUCAGUGGUGGGGGCAGCAGCAAGCCCACGUUUUCAGAGGUGUAUGAGAUCCAUCGCAAGCUCAACCUGCCGCCGGCGUACCUGCUGCCGACUGCCGACGUGCCUGCGGGUGAUGGGGGGGAUGAGGACACGACCACGGCACCGCCACCCCUUGCUGCGUCGAGUAGUGAUGAGAAGAAGCAGCAGCAGCUGCAGCAUGGGGUGAGUGUCGAGGAGGGGCCUUCCGUGUCUGUGAAGGCUGGUGGCCGCAAGAGGGAGAGGGAUGAUGGGCCGGGGGAAAGGCGUGAGGGGGAGAGGGAGGCGUCGAGUAGUGCUGGAGGUGGUGGUGGUGGUGGUGGUGGUCGGGCGGAUGAGCCCUGGAGCACUUCAGAGGCCCUCAGAGAGGAGGCCAGGAGAAAGUAAGAUAGAUAAAGGCAUGCAUACCAAUCAAGGAUACACAUUGACAGACAUUGAGACUACGCCCAUCGGGAUGGAUGUGUGCGUGCAGGUGUGAGUCGUCCUUCUUGCCUGCUCCGUAUGGUGUGCACGUCAAGUGGGACCUCACGCCAUACCCACAGCCAUGGAAGGCCACGCAAGUGGCCAAACAACGCGGCAAAUGCCCGGGGUGAGCAAACAAGCGGCACCAAAACCAGCCGAUAUAGCAUAGCAGCCCUUUGUGCCUCUGUGUGUGGUGGUGUUUGUUUAGUUGUGGGUGCGUGCUGUCUAAGUCGCUGCUGGCUCCGCCCCGGUACUGUCAUUACACGGGCUACUACUACUGCAGCGAGUGCCACCGCAACGACGUCCGACUCAUCCCCGCACUCGUCGUCAACGAGUGGGAUUUCAUGCCCAGAAAGGUAGGUACCACACCGACGACAGCACAGAUGCGUCACGGGGUCGUGUUCUGCUGUGGGUGCUGUUUGUGCUGUGUACAGGUGUGUCGUUGCGUGGCGUCUUUCCUCGACACGGUUCAGUCGCAGCCCUUGAUUGCCAUCAGCGACAUACACCCUAGCGUCAAGGUCGGUCGGUCGGUCGGGCGAAGAGGAGAAAGUGGGGGAGAGAGGGUCCUUCACACCGUAUUGCUGUGUGAGUGUGUAGGUGCAUCAGCGGUGCAUAUCUGAGGUGCAUUUCCUGAGGCGGCAGCUGCAGGGCAUCCGAUCUAUCGUCCAGACCUGCUCACAGAAAGCCGCUUUCGACAAAGAGCUCCACGUGAGUCACGUGGCACGAUCGACACGCCCACCACGACACACAUGACAUGCACUGACCGACUCUCCUGCCCUGACACGCUUGCCUUGCUUCUGUGUCGGUCGCUUCAACAGCGUCUGGAGCCGCACAUCCGCAGCACGGCCCACCUCUACUCCAUCAAAAACCUCGUGUCGAUAGCCACUGGUGAGUCAUCCACCCACACACAUACCUUGACUCGGCACACGCGGAAAUGGAUGACUCUCUCUGCCUGUAUCCCUGAUCCAUCCACCCAUCCAUCCAUCCCUCCCUCGUCCCACAGAUGCGGCUGGCGGCCCUCAGCCCCCCAUGCUGUCACUUGGUGUGAGUCCAAAGGGCUCGUUCCCCAUGGGGGGUGCGAUGAUGACGCGCCAUGGCGGUUUGCGUGAGAAGCUGCUGCAGAUCAACCGCAGAUGGAUACGGCACAUACUCACGGUUAGAGAGCCACCCAAGUUGGGUGUCUGGCGUGUGUCUUCCUUCUCCAUUUGUCUGCAUGACAUGUCUAUGUGUCUGUGUGUGUGUGCAGUGUUCGUUGUGUGUGACGCACGGCCACCUCUGCUCGAUCUGUGCUCAUCGGCAGCCCCUGUUCGCGUACGAUGUGGCCGUCUACCACGAAUGUGAAACCUGCAAGGUAACGUGGAGCAUGCCAUGCCAUGAAUCCAUGCCAUGCACCCACUUACCACUGACCCCUGACAUGACAAGAUGUCUGUCUGUCUGUCUGUCUGUCGGCGAUCCCUCUGCAGUGUGUGUUCCACCGGGCUUGUUUCCGGAGGUCAGCCGGCUGCCCCACGUGUUUCCGACGGCCCCCACCACACACCACCGCCAGGCACACACACACACCCGCAUCCGCAUCCGCAUCGCCAUCAGCAGCGGCGGCCAAAGCACCACCCCACGCACUCAUGGUGACUGCCUCCCUCUCCUCACCCUCCUCUCGCACCAGCAGCAGCAAGAGCGGCUGCAGCCCCUCACACCCAUCGCCAUCCCUGGCCCGCAAGCUGCCCGAGCGAUUCGACAUUUACACCCCCGACAAGGAUGACAUUAUUGCCGACGGGCAUGGGGAUGUGGCCACACCGCAGAGCACCACUGUGAGUGGAGCGGCAGACAGCGAGAAGAGCCAGGGAAGCUCAGGAGGGGACGGGUCGACGGAAUGAUAGAUAGGAGGGCAGUGCUAGCUGAGCUGCCGGACGGCCUGUGAAACCAGGGUAUUCUCGCUCGCUUCGUUUGCUGUAGUGUCUGUCUGCGUGUGGGGCUCAGCUGCCUUUUUUCGCUGUCGUGUGUAAGGUAAGGUCUGUACGUCCCGCCCGUCCCUAUCGAGCCAGUCGUUUUCGCGUUUUGUAUGUUCGUUCGUCGUGCCCGGCAAUUUUCGCUCAGUCGUGUCG